CUCCAUGUAUGUAUUUAUGUAUUUAUUUCUCGAAAUUAUCCCACAUUUGAUCCUAACUGGCUGAAUGUUGCGUCUUUAACAUGAUUCCUCAAUCCCUCCUGCUAAAAUUGAGAAAUGACUCCAGAGAUCAAGAAUUCAAAGUUAAGGAAUGGGAAUCGUUAAAUCUAGACACUGAUAAUUUAAUAUUGAAAGAUGAUGGAUUUGAUCAUGAGAGCACUUUUAAUUUAGCAAGCGAAUCACAAAUACCACCAAAAUUUCCUUAUAGACAAAAUCGUGCUGGAAAAACUACUGGUCUUUCAAUUCUACUAGAUCCAGAUUUAGAAUCCUACUUUUGUACCAACACUGAUUCUGCCGGAUUUAUGGCAGUGGCUCAUAUCCCAUUAGACUUUCCACGAGUCGCAGAUAAAGGAAUUGCAGUAAAGCCAAACUCGGAAACAUACAUUAAAAUUCGCCCAGAAAUAAUUGCUGCAGAAGAUCACAUCAGAGGAUUUGCAUUGGAAAAAAGGAACUGUUAUUUCGGAAAGGAAUACACAUUGAAAUACUACAAUUACUAUACAACAUCGAAUUGUGAAAGCGAAUGUAUUGCCAACAUGACUAUGAGAGAGUGCGGAUGUGUUCGAUAUUUCAUGCCACGAGAUGAGAAGCAAACCAUUUGUGGGGCAAACAGAUUCAAUUGUUCGGAAGGGGUUCGAAGGACACUCUUGAAAGAAGGGCUCAGGAAGCGUUGUAGGGUUUGUCUCCCUUCAUGCACAGAAAUUGAGUACCACAUGACCAGCAGCUACAUGCCCUUGAGACUGGAUAUUCCACUUUGGGAGCACCCCAACGGGACCAAGGCGUCAUGGACUCAUAAGAACGUUUCCAUCCUCCACGUCCAUUUCUCGGUGGAUUCUACAUAUCCGAAGCUAAGGACAGAGCUGUACGGAUUUAUUGACUUGGUUUCAAACACGGGAGGCAUUUUAGGACUGUGUCUUGGAUUCAGUGUUUUAAGCCUGUUAGAAAUUGUGUACUUUAUAACGCUUCGAUUAUAUUGUCAGACACGUCGAGGGAAAAUGAUCGGGCACAAGGUCACGAGAGCUACUCAGCAGUUAUGGGGUAAAGCAUUUACUGCGAUUAAUUUCAUGGGGAAAAUACCUGUAUCAUCGCUAUCACCACAUGAGCCCACGACCACUUAUCCGACAAAUGUGGAAGAAUAUGGGGAAAGAGUGCUGCGAAAUGUCCUGAGGAGUACAAAACUGCCUGCAAUGAGAAAUAGCUCAAAUAACCCUUCGGAUUCUAAGCUGGACACACUCCCGUAUUAUGUGGAAAAUGGGAAAAGCAAUUUUAGCUGGUGAUUAUCAUCGAAAUUACAUAUGUACGUGUAAUUUCUUUUCAUUUCAUGAAGAGGAAUGAACAUAAUCGAAAGUUUGGACAUUCAAGUUUUAUGGUUGGAAAUAGGAUAAUAAUGAUGAACGGAAUAAACGAACAAUUUAUAAUACUAAUA